AACCUGCGAUUACAAAACUGGUAGUUAAAAACAUUCAGACCUUCUGUUAUGAAGAAGAGUCAUGACCCAUCCCCCCUGAGUAACCUCUUGAAAUUCCUCUAGUCCGGUGUUGAAGUGCGUUCGUCGGAGAUGGCGAUGGAGAAUUUCAAGCAGUUCCUGUUCGCGCUGUCGGCCGCUGUAUCCGUUGGUUUUGUGUCGAUAAUUUUUGUUUUGAGAUGGGUCUUCUACUUCAAGGAAGGUUUAGCAUGGGAUGGAGGAUUUGCGGAAUUCAAUUGGCACCCUGUUUUAAUCGUUACCGGGUUCAUUUUUAUGCAGGGAAUUGCCAUUGUGGUGUAUAGGUUGCCAUGGACCUGGAAGUGCAGCAAGUUAAUGAUGAAGUUUAUUCAUGCUGGCUUAAACAUAUUGGCCUUCAUUUUCGCUGUCAUAUCUCUGGUAGCAGUAUUUGACUUCCACAAUGCACAAAUCAUCCCCAACAUGUAUAGCCUGCACAGCUGGGUGGGGCUAGCAGCGGUGAUACUAUAUUCACUACAGCUUGUUCUGGGAGUGUGUAUAUACUUGAUACCCAUCACCCCGACAUACCUGAGAGCAGCAUUUAUGCCCCUGCACGUCUACAGUGGCCUGUUCAUCUUUGCCAGUGUCAUAGCCACAGCACUCAUGGGCAUCACAGAGAAGCUCAUUUUUGGCCUGAAAAAUCCCAAGUACAAGGACUCUCCCCCAGAGGCCAACUUUGUGAAUGUGCUGGGAGUAUUGAUAGUUGUUUUUGGCGCAAUAAUUCUCUGGAUCGCUACUCGCCCCUCUUGGAAACGCCCCAGUGAGCAGGUCCUGCGCUCCCUGCCAACUUACAGGGAUGGGUCAGCUGGCACCAAAAUGGGCACUGCCCUGUCACAACAAACUGACCCGAUUGACCCCGAAGGCAAUGGAGAUGCCAGGAGAAGGAGUGGUAAAUUGGAGGACUCAGGACAGGUCAACUGAGUAACAUGAAAACCAACUGCUGGUUCUGUCUGUUUGUUGAUGCUUUAAGAAGUUGCAUGGAUCUACUGUUCUGGCAGUCCCAAAGCAAAUGUAAACCUUUCUAUUAACUAUUGUUCCAAAUAGCACCUUGAGGAAUUGUUCCCAACCAUUCCAGAAUGUUGACCUUUAAGCAGUUUUUUAUUUUGUAAUUUUUUACAAAUAAAUUACACAGCUCAAUUUGA